AUGCUGCUUGUGAUUGACACGGCACACCAACAACUUCCCGUUCAGCACAUCACUUGCAUCAUCUUUGACUCGACCACAUCGAAUCCACCACUGUCACUUGACGUGUCUGACUUUGCAAACAUCAUUACCAUGGCCGAACACUCUACAAGUGUCUACAACUCGCGUCUCUUCACCUUCCGAGCAAGCGAGAAUGGCGCAACCACGACAGUCCACUCUGGCGCCGUCGCCGCGGUCUCGGCGCCCCUCAAGCUCCUGAUGGAACAAGAGACACCCGAUGGCCCAAGGACCAGUGCGACUCUCCAUGGUGUGCGCGAAGAGGAUCUCCUGCGCUUUUGCGACUUCUGCUACACCGGCACCUACACUGAUCCUUACCCGAUCGUGGUCAAGCUCGCAGCACCCGCGAUCGAAUCUGGCGCCAGCGAAGGCAAUGGUACCGGCGUAGGCAACUCCACCGCCUUGAUCAUCACCGACGACUCCGGCGUUCAGCCCCCGGCAGCCAAGCGUCCUCGCACUGCAUCUCCCGCGCACUCGUUGACCGGGUUCGGCAGACCCAGCAUGCUCGGUGCCGCACCUGCUCCCGAAGUUGCCACCUCGCUCAAUCUAAACAACAAGAUGAAGCUGCAUGGAGUUUUUGCAAACACGCCCUACACCACCGCAGUGCCUCACGUCUUCGGCACCACCACGAAGAAGUCUAAUGGCAUGCCCGUCAAUGAGAACCACACCAACGUCCUCAUCGCCCAUGCCGCCAUGCAUUCCUUGGCCGUCAACUACGAGAUCACCAAGCUGAAGAAGCUGUCCUUGCAGAAGCUGGCAGAUAAAAUGAUGCGUUUCGACUGCAAGCCAGAACGUGUCGGCGAUGUCCUGGCUCUCGUUCGCUGGGUCUACACUACCAAUGCCGAGAUGCCAGGUGACAUGCCUGAGCUGAAGGAUCUCGUGGUCAGAUAUGUUGUCUCUGAGGUCAGCGGAUUUGGUGGUACCAAGGAGUUUGGAGACCUGUUGAUUGAUGGUGGCGAGUUCGUCAAGGACUUUUGGGGCAUGGUAUUUAACAACUUGCUCUAG